AGCCUGCGAGCCUGCGUACCACAACUACUGAAGCCCGCGUGCCCAUUUCCCGUUCUCCGCAACAAGAGAAGCCACUGCAAUGAGAAGCCCGUGCACCGCAACGAAGAGUAGCCCCUGCUCGCCGCAACUAGAGAAAGCCUGUGCAGCAAAGAAGACCCAGCGCAGCCAAAAUCAAUCAAUCAAUCACUUAAUUAAUUUAAAAAAAAGAAGAAUAAUGCAGACCACACUAGCAAUCUGGAGUUCUGUGUUCUCAUUGCAGCUGCCUGACUUUCUGCAAGCUAGCUUCCCUCUCUGGGCCUCAGUUUCCCUUCCCACUGAGUCAGAAGAUCUCUAAGGCCCCCUCCAGCUCUACCCUGAAUGCCUGUCUCUUCACCCCAGCUCCCUCCCCAGUUCAGAGAACCCAGGCAUCCAGCUGCCCCACCCUAGCUCUGGGUAAACAGGAAGCAGGGUGAGGGGAGCAGGGGUGUUCGGAAAGUCCCAGCCAGGUGUGUGGGUCUACAGGGAGGGGGUGGCCCCACCCCUGAGGUAUGAAAGCCCCCCUGCCCUGGCCCUGGCUCAGUCUCAAUGGGGGCGCUGGGGCUGGAGUGCCGGGGUAGGCGGCCCCAGGGGAAGGGAUGCCUCCUGCUGGCUGUCGCAGGAGCCGCUUCCCUGGUGACCCUCCUGCUGGCUGUGCCUAUCACUGUUCUGGCUGUGCUGGCCUUGGUGCCCCAGGAGCAGGGCGGACUGGUAACAGGGACCGCUGACCCAGGCGCCCAAGCACAGGCCCAUCAGCGAUUUGGAAUCCAGGUGCCCCAUCCCUGGGCCCUGGCGCCUUGUCCUCUCAAGGUGACUACACGUGGGUGGCUGCCCUGCCCCCAACCGUGGACUCUUCGCCCCUUCCAGAGUCCCGGGAGUUGCCGGUGGAGGAGGAGGCAGAAACAGAUCUCAGCCCCAGGCUCCCGGCUGCCCACCUCAUUGAGAGAGCGCCAUGACCCCGCUCCCCCAGCCCGGCUGGACUCCUGCAGUGGGUUAAAAGCCCCAACUGUCCCUCAGGCCCACCAUCCCAGAAGUCCCAGGCCUGGAUCGCUCCUUUCAGGAUCGGAUUUCCGAGAGUCAACUGGCCCGUUUCUCCGCAGGCGCUUGGACCACGGGGCAGGGGCUAGGCUGGGAGGCGAAGAAAGAAGAGGCGUUUCUGAGGAGCGGGACGCAGUUCUCGGGCGCCGAGGGGCUGGCCCUCCCGCAGGAUGGCCUCUAUUACCUCUACUGUCACGUCGGAUACCGGGGCCGGGCGCCCCCUCCCGGCGGGGACCCCCUGGACCGCUCCGUCACGCUGCUCAGUCGCCUGUACCGGGCGGGGGGCGCCUAUGGAUCGGGGAGUCCCGAGCUACUGCUCGAGGGCGCGGAGACCGUGAGCCCGGUCUUGGACCCCGCCCAGAGGCACGAGUACGGGCCUCUCUGGUACACGAGCGUGGGGUUCGGCGGCCUGGUGCAGCUCCGGAGGGGCGAGAGGGUGUACGUCAAUAUCAGUCACCCCGAUAUGGUGGACUACAGGAGAGGAAAGACCUUCUUUGGGGCGGUGAUGGUGGGGUGAGGGCUACCCACGUCCCUAAAACGACUACUGCAUGGUGGGAGUAUGUGAACGAAUCAGCCUAGAUAUUGGGGACCCAGACACCAGGGACCCCAUGGCCGUGGCGAAAAUGGAGAAGACUGUUUGGAAACUGAUUUUGAGCCUGGUGAAAAUAA